AUGGCGCCGAGGAUUUUCCUGCAGCUGGAGAAGAACGUGAAGCAGGUCCUCGUCUUCGACGCCGGCAUGCAAUGGUUUCUCCUUGCGCUCCAGCUAGAUGAAUGUCAAAUUGCUGGAUGGCCGUGGCUCGGAUCGCUCACGGCGUUGCUCAGCCACCGUGCCAUCUUUCCUCCGCCACUCAAGUUCUGA